AUGAAUACCUGGCCGGUGCUUCUCGUUGUGUUGGCCUCAGUGCUCGACUUCUCCUCGGGAGAAGUCUACCGUCAACAUUUAGUCAGACGGGUUUCCCCGAUGACCCGUAUGAUCAACAAAGGCACUUGGGCUGCCCAUUUGAAAGAGAAGGAUCUCGCUAGAGUUUCACCCAUUCACACAUUGGGAUCGUUCCCGCAAAAGGUGUACGACUAUGAGGACGAGGAAUACCUUGGAAACAUCACAAUUGGAUCAAAACAACAACAAUUCAAGGUUGUCUUGGACACAGGAUCGGCUAAUCUCUGGAUUCCUGACAAAACUUGCACCGGAAAGCCAUGUGAUGGAAAAGACAAAUUCGAUCAGACUCAAUCAACCACUUAUCAGAAGAAUGGACGCACUUGGACAAUCCAAUACGGAACUGGAUCGGCUCGAGGAUUCCUCGGAGUCGACACCGUCAGCUUUGGAGCUCCGUCCGAGAAUCAGUUGGUCGUCCCCACCACCACUUUCGGACAAGCCAACUCGAUCGCUGCUUUCUUCACCGGUGAUCCGAUCGACGGAAUCCUCGGAUUGGCUUUCACCUCAAUCGCUGUCGACAGCGUUGUUCCACCAUUUAUCAAUGCCAUCAACCAAGGUCUCGUCGACGCUCCACUCUUCACCGUCUAUCUGAUGCACGAUGGUGCUCAAGACGGAGCUUACGGAGGAGUGUACACUUAUGGAGGACUUGACACGCAAAACUGUGGAGAUGUGAUCGCCUAUCAACCACUCUCAUCAGCCACCUACUUCCAAUUCAAGAUGGAUGGCGUCAAAUCCGGAAGCUAUUCGAGCACCAAGGGAUGGCAAGUCAUCUCCGACACUGGUACCUCGUUCCUUGGAGCUCCAACUGCCGUUUCCGAUGGAAUUGCUAAGGCCGUUGGCGCCACUUGGGAUCCAAACAAUCAAGUGUACAACAUCGACUGCAAGGCUCAGGCCUCAGUAACAGUGACAAUCGGAGGAAAAGACUACACCAUCUCCUCAGCCAACAUGAUUGUCCCUGGUGAUAGCGGAUGCUGGCUCGCUCUCUUCCCAUUCGAUGAAUUCGGCCUCGGCUGGAUCUUGGGUGACCCAUUCAUUCGUCAAUUCUGCAACGUCUACGACAUUGGAAACAAACGUGUCGGCUUUGCUCCAUCAAAGCAAAUG